UUGCUCUUGUUUAUCUUGCAGGACGUACCUAAGCUGCCGCGGUCACGCUUUGUACGACAACCAUGGAGUUUGUUGUAGUGCCAUCACAAAGGAAGCGAAAAAACAGGCCUCGUAGGCACAGACCGUCCGUUUCUGAUCUUGUUGAACGUACCAUACAGGAUCUUCAAAACGACCAGUGGACGGUUUCUGCCAUUCAAAUUGUCCGGGACUCAUUCAGUGCCGUACACAACGACGAGUGUCCUGACGUAUUAUGCCUUGGCCUCGGAAGUCCUUGUUCGUCUCCAAAUAGUCGGGCGCAACUCGCCUUUCUGCUUCUUAUCUGUAAAUCCCUCAACAUAGAUCGCUCACGGGUCUCCUUGUAUGAUCCUGUAUUCACGGAGGAAGAUCUAUGUUACUUUGAAGAACAGAAACUGAAUGUGUUUCAGAACAAUGAAAGCGAAGGCUAUGCGAUCAAGAGCCCUACCCUUCUUUAUAUGCCUCAUUGCGACAUGGAACUUCAUGAAGAAAUACUCAAGCACAACAGCACUCUGCGAAACGUUGUCCUUAUCUGCAACCGUCUCGGUGAUUACGUUGAAAGCAAUCCUUCUCGCGAGCUCGAAGCAAGGGUUCCAUAUCUCUGCCGAAUUGUCCCUUUCCUAAUAUCAGUCUCAUUCCCUCCGUCCCACGUCUGGCCUGCUGCUUUUAACAACACAUCAGUCCAGUACCUCCCUAUAUCCAAUUUUGAUGCUUGGUCUUCGGAGAUCACUUCCUCCUCCUCCGCUCAGCAUGGCGAUGCAUCGGCCGAAGCUCGCCCAGGAAAGGCGUAAUCGCCGUCUCCUCAUUUUUUCUUGCUGUUCAAUCAACUAGUCACAAUCAAAGAACCCUUCAGAUGUCUAUAGCCAAAAACAAAGAAACAGGAGGUGCAC